AUGUCGCACCUCCACCCCUUGGUCAGUAGCACCCAAUCAACCACAAGUUGCUUUCAUGCGCUGACCGCCCCAUCCUAUCCUCUAUGACCCACUAGGCCGGUCCUUUACUCCCCUACCUCCAAAAGUACCCCCCGCAAGCGUCCUCGCUCUUCCAAGCCUAUCAGGAUCUCUACUUGGGUGAGCUAGCGCAAGACACCACUUUUGUAAAUAGACUUCUAAAAUCCUCGGUUCUGACAACCUGUAUUCGGACGCUACAGCGCAAACAUGGCAAGACCUUGAGUUGGUGGAUCUUCCUUCGUGCGAGUGUGUGGUCAUCAAGGGGAGACCUCAGAAGAAGGUCAGUUGCAUCAUCGACUUUGAGAAGACACACAAUGCUCCUAUAUCAUGCAAAGUAAACUCAGCACCCCUUCGUCGUCAGACCGUCGCCUCUUUUGCCCUCCCCAUCAACCUCAGCACAGCAACCUCGCUCCGAUCGUCAGUCUCCCAAAGCCACCCUCGAGAGGCCCCAUACCGCUCAACUAACUUUCCCCGCCAUCUCCACAGCCUCUCCAACAUCUUCGAAGCCCUCGACAAACUCCCCUCCGAAACAAAAGUCUCUGCGACCGAUACCCAAACCGAAUCCCCGACAAUCUACCUCGCCAUCGCGGAGAGGGACAGUUCGAUCGUUUAUUACGUCCUCAGGCAUGGGAUCGUCAGUCCCAAGGAGGUGCCCGAGUAG